AUGGUGCUCUUUUCGCAAAUGUAUCUUUUCAAAGUUAUUUAUUUAUUAUUUCUCAGUUGUGGCUUUGCAAAUGCUGGUGCGCUUCGAUCAGAUUCCUCGCGAUCUAAUGCUAAACUGGACUGCUCAAAAUUUAAUAGUGAUAAUGACGUUUUCUUAAAUCUAUCAUUCCGAGCUGAUCCGAAUCCUUCGCUGGGGAAGUCCGCACAAAGUACAUACAGCCUUUGGGACGGUGACAAACUAUAUUAUCUGAACAUUGCCAACGAGCAAACGGUCUCUCCGAUCAUUUUCUGUUUUAAUCACUUAAAAGAGCUAUAUGUACACAAGACCAGCUUUCCUGAUGGGCGAAUUCCAGCUGAAAUCAAAUUUUUGGCACCGACAUUAACCUCUUUUGGAGUAUUCGAUACGCCUAUCACGGAUGUAGCUGAAGAAGUUGGUCAGUUGCCACGUCUCCAAUCACUGGAGCUAGUUCGCACGGGUCUUCGGACGCUUCCUGAAUCAAUCGGUGAUCUACCGGCAUUGAAUUACAUCAACUUAUCAUGGAAUAUGUUAACAGCAUUACCGAAAACAAUCGUUAACAACCUCUCCUUACGACAAGUUGAUAUAAGUCAUAAUCCAAAUCUGACUUCUCUCGAUUCAUUCAAAGAUCAUCCUUUUCUUCAAGUGAUCAUCGCCGAGAACUGUUCCAUCGACAAACUACCAGUGAAUUUACCUAAAUUAACUGAUCUAUACAUGGCAAAUAAUAAACUAACGAAUCUCGUCAACAUUGACACAUUAGGUUAUAAAAGCGACACAAAAAUUUACUUCUAUUUCAACAAUAAUCAAAUCGAUUUCAUUCAUCCACAAAUUCGCUCCGUCGGCAAUCUCUACUCUCUCGAUUUAAACAACAAUCGAUUGAAGACACUACCCAUUGAUAUCUUUCGGAUGAACAAUCUUCACUUCUUCUCCAUGGAAAACAAUUACUUCAAUUCAAGCCAGUUAAAAAAAAUUGUUUAUCACUUUAAGUAUUCAAAUCCAGCGUUGACAUUAAUCUACAAACGUCAAAGAAUCCCACACCCUUGA